GUACAAAUAUCUGGCAAGGGUGACAUGGGGCCAUUCCUCGGGACACAGCUGUGGUAAUGCUUACAUGGAGGCUGGGCUUGGGCAGUAGUGCCCUCCCAGAUUCUCCUUUCAGGCUUCUCGGAGUAAGGGACAUGCAGCCAGAGGGCCUCAGCUUAGCCUGACCCUGCUGCUAGGGACUCUGUCCCCAGUAACCAUAAAGAUGGCCUGUUUGUGGAACUUUUCUCUGCCCAGCUGCUUCCUCUCCCUGCUUCUCCUCCUCCAGUUGUCAUGCAGCUAUGCAGGACAGUUCAGAGUGAUAGGACCAGGGCAUCCCAUCCGGGCUUUAGUUGGGGAUGAAGCAGAACUGCCAUGCCGCAUAUCUCCUGGGAAGAAUGCCACGGGCAUGGAGGUGGGGUGGUACCGUUCUCCCUUUUCAAGAGUGGUUCAUCUCUAUCGAAAUGGCAAGGACCAAGACGCAGAGCAAGCACCUGAAUAUCGGGGACGCACAGAGCUUCUGAAAGAGACUAUUGGUGAGGGAAAGGUUACCCUCAGGAUCCAGAAUGUGAGGUUCUCAGAUGAAGGAGGCUUCACCUGCUUCUUCAGAGACCACUCUUACCAAGAAGAGGCAGCAAUGGAGUUGAAAGUAGAAGAUCCCUUCUACUGGAUCAACCCUGGUGUGCUGGCUCUCAUUGCGUUUGUGCCAAUGCUCCUCCUGCAGGUCUCUGUGGGCCUCGUAUUCCUCUUCUUGCAGCACCGACUAAGAGGAAAACUUCGUGCAGAAGUCGAGAAUCUCCAUCGGACUUUUGAUCCUCACUUCCUGAGGGUGCCCUGCUGGAAGAUAACACUGUUUGUUAUUGUGCCUGUUCUUGGACCCCUGGUUGCUUUGAUCAUCUGCUAUAACUGGCUGCACAGAAGACUGGCAGGACAGUUUCUUGAAGAGCUAAGAAACCCCUUUUGAGUGAUGGUGUGUCUUCCUGGAGCAAAGGAGAGGCUGGCAGGUCCUUGGGGUUGUCUCUCAUUGGCCUCUUUGCCAUGGACAUAUUCCAAUCUACAUCUACAGAAACACUCUGGAUCCCGAAUAGAACUCAACUGUCUUCAGCUCCUUCCUCUAAUUUUUGACUUCCACAUCUUUUUUACUCUCUUAGUCUGCCUCUAGAAAACACCCCAUGGCUAAGGCCAGGCAGUCUGUCAGGAGACACCUAUGCACCAAAUACAGGAAUGAUUCUGACAACCGGGAUAUCCAGCACUUCAACAUCAUUAUGAACUAUAGAACAUCAACUCUGCAAAUGGUGGAUAUUUCUUCCAAGAUCACAGCCUCGACUGGGAAAAGAAUAUCAAUGGGGGGGGGGGGGGGGAGACACGACGACAGAGACAGAAGAGCCCACAAUAUCAGAGAAAGCUAAGUGAGCCAGGGUAUGAAUAUGGGACCCUGAACCAAAACCUGGAGCUAAAAAUCAAAAGAAUACUGAACAGAACAACACCAUCUUGCUUUGGCAGCCUGGUGGGAGGACCUUGAGAAGCAAGGGCUGAGAGAACUGGGUCUGCUCCCCUACGUUCCACACCUUCAUGUCCCUUCUACUCCUCUCAUUUUCUCCUAUCUUAUUUCUCUGAGAACCCACUGUUGUUUCCCCAACAAUUACUACUUGGUGGUCUACCAGACACAAACAAGCUAGGUGCUAAUUAAUAAUACAAGUUUCUCUGUGCAUACUU